UGUGUGUUUGAGAAAAUCACUGAGUGAAUGAUCGCACUUUUUACCUUUUUCUGGAUUGUGAUUUUGGGAUUACUAACAAUCUGGCAGCGACUUCUGACUGGCAUAUUGUUGACAACCGUCGUUUUAUGCGUAGCUCCUCAAAUACGAGUAGAUACGGAUUACGGACUGAUUGUUGGGCCCUAACAAUCAGUGCCGCCAACACAAUAAUCAAAACGCUGCCAUCUAAACAGUUUCCUCCCGACUUCAUCUUUGGUGCUGCCACGGCCGCUUACCAGAUAGAAGGAGCAUGGGAUGCUGAUGGCAGAGGUCCGUCGAUAUGGGACCACCUAGUGCAUACGGAUCCAGAACACAUCACGAACAAGGACAACGGAGAUGUCGCCGCUAACUCUUAUUAUAACUACAAGAGAGACAUCGAAAUGUUGAAGGAGUUAGGCGUGUCGCACUAUAGGUUUUCCAUAUCCUGGACGAGAAUCCUUCCAUUCGGCCGAGCACACUACAUCAACCAACGCGGCAUCGACCAUUACAAUAAAUUCAUUGACGAACUUUUAGCGAACGAUAUCGUUCCCUUUGCAACCAUCUACCACUGGGACCUGCCCCAAAUUCUCCAGGAACACGGUGGUUGGCUAAAUGAGGAGAUAGUCGACUGGUUUGCAGACUAUGCUCGGAUCGUGUUUGAAAACUUCGGUGAUCGCAUUAAGUUCUGGAUGACAAUAAAUGAGCCGUGGGUCCAUUGCUACUUCAGCUACGGUUACGCUGUCUAUGCUCCUAAAAUAAGGUCUCCAGGCGUUGGAUUCUAUGAGUGCGGGAGAAAUAUGCUGCUGGCGAAUGCCAGGGCUUACCAUAUAUACAAUGAUGAGUUUAGAAGCACGCAAGGUGGUAAAGUUGGAAUUGAUUUGAAUAGCGAAUAUGUGUAUCCCGCUUCAGACUCGAUCGAAGACAUUGAGGCGGCUAAAGAUUACUUAGCCUUCCAGUUCGGUCAAUACAUGCAUCCGAUCUUCUCAAAAUCUGGAAACUAUCCUCAGCGUUUGAUACACCGAGUGGCAGCCGCUAGCACUGCCCAAGGAUACAACUCCUCAAGACUGCGUAGCUUUGACGAAGAUCAGAUCAACUAUAUAAAAGGCACCGCUGAUUUCCUAGGACUCAACCAUUAUUUCACCAAAUAUGUGUAUAGGAAUAGUUCUGUUAUAGGAAUGUUCGAUGUACCGUCGACGGACGAUGAUACAUUUGCUGAUUCUUAUAUGGAUGAGUCUUGGCCAAGUACCCACGCUCCUUGGAUCAGGGAGCACGGACCAGGGUUGCACCACCUCCUCGUCCACAUAAAGGACUCGUAUGACAACCCGGAGGUGUACAUAGCUGAGAACGGAGUAUCAACUACAACAGGCCUGAACGACCCCACUAGGGUAUCCUACUACAGGAGUUACCUUAGAGCCGUGCUUGAGGCGUUGGCUGAUGGCUGUAACGUCCAUGGAUACUUUGCUUGGAGCUUAAUGGACAAUUUCGAAUGGAACUUCGGUUACUCCCACCGUUUCGGCUUGUACGAGGUGGACUUCCAAGACCCGAACCGGACCCGAACGCCCAGGAAGUCAGCGUUCGUGUACAGAGAAAUUAUACGCAGCCGGACGAUUGACUACGAGUAUGAUCCUGAUCCGUACGCCGGUGGAUCUAGCGUCCUCACUAGCUCUCUCCUUGUUUUAGCCAUUGUUGUUGUAGCGGGAUUGUUUAGCUAAUAUACUGAUCAUUGUUA